CCAGACGCACAUUGGUUCAGCUGGCAGCUCUUGGCUAUACCUUUGCGUAGAAAACCGCCAUAGAGUGGUGGUGGUGAGAGGGAAAAGGUCCAUCGCGAGGGUGGCUUAGCGCAUCGUAUCACGUGCUGUGUUGUCACCUGGGGGCUGUCCAUGGAAUAUUUUUUUUUGUUGUUUCUCCCCUUCGUCAUUACCCUCUAAAACUUAAAUCAUGGUGGUUCGCCUGCGAUUUGCUCGACAUGGACGUCGUAAUCUCCCGUACUAUCACAUUGUUGCCGCCAAUGCCAAAACUGCACGAAAUUCAAAACCUUUAGAAACCAUUGGCACCUACAACCCCAUACCCGACGGUAACGGAAUCAAGCACGUCAAUCUCAACAUUGAGCGAGUAAAAUAUUGGCUCACGGUUGGCGCACAACCCAGUGACUCUGUUGCAAGUCUAUUGUCCAAGGCUGAUAUCAUACCUCCUGCGCCCAAGCCAUGGUUAAAAUGAAAUUUUUAUUCUCCCAUCCCAUUCCAUAGACAAAAUAGCAUUACUAAAUUGUAGAUAAAGAUCCUUCUUUUUUUUUUUUUGAACA